AUGCGGCGCACAGAUCGUCGCCUGCGUUCGAACGAUGAGAAGCUUCCCCUCGUCCCAGCAGGCACGUCAAAUUUCGGUACGUUCCUACAACUUGACAACUCGGCAACAGCAGAUCUUGCACAGACAAUAUUCGGCACGAUGGGCGAGCUUGCGGGCAUUGUCCCAGAAGCGCUUACCCACGCCAUUCGCCGUGGUGGCGCCAAGGAUGGCUUGGAAAUAGCAGAACUUUACGCGGGUCACGAGGAUGAACCUGUCAAUUUACACAAGUCCAAGCUCCCUGAUCUCCCGGUUAGUUCUCGAACUAGAGGGGCCCAAUUUCCUGAAUCACCACAUCACAAGCUUACGGCAGUCGAACUUAAUGAGCGCAUCGACGAAUACAUUAUGGCUCACACUGAGGAGGUUCCCUUAGUAAGAAGUGUUGACUUCUUCAUUGGUCCUGGUCCGACUACGGCCACCGACCUUCAACAGUACCAGAACUUUGGAGCUCGCAUUGGUUGCAUUGUGUUUGAACUCCACAAGGCAGAAUCCAUCGAGGUUCAAGAUGGUACGCUUUCUACAGAACCAACUAAUGACCAAUUUCUUCCACAUGUUGAUGAGACAACGCUUCCGGAGGAAGAAACUCUAUCUCUGCAACAUGCAGACACUCUUAUUGAUGAUCAUUUACAACUUGACACUGACGAUUCCGAUGACGACGCUCUCGAUCUUGGGCUGUCCGCUUCACAGGACGAGAGACAGUUGCGAGCUGAGCAUCAAAAGAAAGUGGCAGAGUGGGAAGAGGGUCGUCCUUGGCAAGUUCUCUUCGAGGAAGUCGAGAAGAUCAUCAAUAGAGGCUCAGCGGGACAAUCGAAAGAUGUCUUCACGACUGAUGAGAUUGACGACUUCGUUACUGAUGUCUUUGAACCUUCCGUUACUUCCUCCAUCGACACAGAACAUGAAGCAUGUUUCAAUUUAGCGCCAUGGAGUUUCUUACCUUCUUCGCAAGCGACAAGGUCACAAACAACAGAAGCAUCAUAG